UGGCGCACGGCUGCCAUGGCAACGCACGACGUUCUACCGUAAAGCGAUAUCCUGACCGCCUUCCGGAACAAGAUGGCGGCGCUCACCGGCCCCCGGGCCCUGCGGGUCUGGACCCCCCUCCGCCGGUACCGUCACAGCGAGCCCACCGGACCGGCACCGGCCAAGGCAGUGAGCUUCUCUCCUCCCCCCGACUCUAAAUAUGACUGGAUUGGUCCUCCUGACAGGCUUUCAAAUCUUAGACCCAUCAAAUUUUUUGUUCCAAAGAAUGAAUCUGAGCCAGAAAGAAAACUCAGGGAAUUGCGUGAGGAAACGCAAGAUUGGAACCAAAGAUUCUGGGCUACGCAGAACCUGACAUUUCUUAAGGAAAAAGAAGACUUUAUUACAGCAAGAUUUAAAGCUUUGGGACUAGAUGAAAGAGAUGAAGAGGGACACAAAAGGAAAUUGAAUGCAGAAGAAAUGGCAGUUUUUUACAGAGAUUUCCUCAGCGAAAACCUUGAAAAGCAUACACGUUAUAACAGAGAAUGGUAUCAGCGGAAUUUUACAAUUACGUUACUCAUGGCAAAAGUGACGUUACUGAGAGCUUGGGAGAAACUCGGUUGGAAAAAGACAAAGACUGAACCUUAACAACCUGCGAUUUUGUGGAUGAACCAAAAAGAAUAUAUUUCUCAGGAAUAAUAACCCAGAGGACCUAAAGUUGAUUGACUGUGACAUUAAUUACUUGGUACUUUUCACUACAUGCUGUCUCGUGCUCCAUCAAACUGGUUCUCACUCAAGGAUCUGUGCAGAAGACAUUUGCUGAGUGUGAAAGGACAGCAGUAGCUUAGAGGCUUGUUAAAUUUUGUGUUGAUUUCUAAAUGAAAAUUAACAUCUGUGUCGACAU